AUUUUUUUAGUUGCAAGUAGUAAAGUGUCGUCCAUUUUGAGGGAUUUCGCGAUCUGCCACGAUGACUUCAAUCUGAAACCUGCCGAUGGAGUCCUGAAGGAGCAUACGUUCACGUGGCUUGGCUUCGUCCAAUAUACACACGUGACGACGGGUCUUCCGCACCACAGCAAGGCACCGCGUGUGGUGCUGAUCCAGCGCCAGUUCGCGGUGGGAACUGCUACUGAUAUGCUGCACUUGCCGAAGAACUACAAACUGGGCAACGUAGUCUUCGGCGACUAUGAGCGCGACGAAGAGGACUGCGGCCUCACACGGCUGCAGGCUAAGAUCGGCUCCAAGUGCCCCCGCGCCUACAUCGAGAUGCCUAUCGUGGAUAUCACACCUCAUCCUGAGUUCUCCAGGUUCGGUGUCGGAAACAGCCUGGCAUUAGUCAAAUUUCUACGACCUAUGAGAUCACAGUACGUGGUACCCAUUUGUCUACCCUCGGUAGUUGAACGCAAGCGAAAACGGAGAAACAGAAUGGUUUUUAUGGUCGACUAUAUUAGCACUGUGCCAAGGGACUUUGAUACGGAGAGAAUGGGCAAAAAGACAUUAAAACUAUUCACUCACAAAGAUUGUCGAAGACAUCGCAUGAAAAUGAAAUUGGGCAGUGAAGGCGUAACCCACGUACUGUGCAGCUCAGGUUGUGGUGUGCGGCCUGGCGCACCCAUCGUCAGCCACUCUCCCGAGGGAAUGUUUGAGGUAUUGGGCAUUGCUGCCGGUGGCGCCGCCUGCUCUCGGCGCUCGAGCCGUCGUCGGCUCAACAGUGAGCCUCCACUAUACAUUGACGUGUACCCCUACAUCACCUGGAUCAUCAACGUCAUCACCGCGCAUGUGCUACCACGGCCUUACUCGCACAACUUUAAACUGGUUGAAGGAGGAUCAAGCAUAGCAAUAAAUAAAGGCAACUACUUGAGGGCCAGGAAGGUCCAGAAGGCUGGCUGGAGGGCGCGGACCUACGUCACGGGGAACGCUUGCUUCAAGAGCGAGAGGCGGCAGAGGGCCAACUCUCUAUUUUACUCUGAAAAGUUCGAGGUCAAUGCCGACCCUCCAGCAAAGCUCAAUAUCUUCAUGAAGAUCUCAGCAGGCAUCGAGUGUACCAUCAUGUGCGCACGGCUGCUGAUGCCGAACCGUCUGGCCACUCCGAAGAUCGAGGGCGUCGGAGGCUACAACAUCUCGGUCGAGUUCACGACGGAAUGGUUCCCCUACACGUUCUACUUCUCCCUCGGGCUCACAGGAAAGAACACCACGGAAAAAGAUUUCCUGGAAUGGAUCGGUGAACGAAAACCAGGAUUUUGGUGAAGUGUUAUUUUACUAUAUUAAAUUAUAUUAUUAUGUAGUUUAAAAGUCG